CAGCCUCUGAGUCGGAUAUAUAUAACACUCCGCGUCCCAGCUUGAGCUUCCUUCCACAAUUCACUCCUCUUUCUUCCCCAUUCCCAUACUAGAGUCUUCUUCUUCCUCUUCUUCUGCUCAACGGUGGGAUCGAAACCCUAGCCACACCACACCAGAGAACGAUGGGAAACUUGUUGAACAAGCAACCACCACCGCCAAUGGUGCUCGUUCCUCCUCUCUUCGACUUCCCUCCUCUCGCCGCCCGUACUAGGAUGUUGGAGUCAUCUUAUAAUAUGUUGUUCGGAAAGCUUGCUUUGAAAUGCCUCUUUGAGGAUUAUUUUGAAGAAGCAAAUCAUUUCACAGACUCAGACUCAGAGGAGGAUACAGUUAAAAAUGCACUUUUCCGUUGGCAAAGUGACGUUUAUGAUCCUCAUACAUUUGUUGACCUUUUCGUGUCGAGCUCUAAUCCGAUUCUACAAAUGCGGUAUUGUUCCUUCAACCCCGAACUAGGAAUUGGAGCAUUUGGCAUUUUACCCUUGCUACUGAGGAACAGGGUAUCUUUACUGGACAACUGUGUUUGUGGAAUAAGAUAUGGUUCAGAUAGUUUAUCCAUUGGAGCCAAAAUCAAGCCUUUCUCCUUUAAAAAUGAAUGUGUAGAAAGUAUGUGGUUCGUGAGCAGGGCGGGGAGGCUAACUGUUGGAUUGCAGUAUGAGCCAGAAUAUGGAAGGAAAGACGGUACAAAGUAUAUAAAUUUAAAUAAUUGGAGUGGUGCAAUUGGCUAUUGUGUGGGAUCAGGCAGUCCUUUGAGUCCAUCAUUCAAUUUUUGCCUUGAACUUGUUAAAGAUUAUCAGUUCAACGCCUCAUUCUAUCAACAUGUGGUAGUCCAAAGACGGGUGAAGAACCCUCUUGAAGAAAAUGAAGUAGUUGGAAUUACAAAUUAUAUUGAUUUCGGCUUUGAAUUGCAGACGAGGGUCGAUGUAGCUGAAGCAUCAAACCAGAUACCAGAGUCUACUUUCCAAGUUGCUGCAUCUUGGCAAGCCAAUAAAAACUUCCUGUUGAAGGGAAAGUUGGGCCCUCUCAGCUCGGCAGUAGCAUUGGCAUUCAAAUCAUGGUGGAAGCCUUCUUUCACAUUUAGCAUUUCAGCCACUAGAGAUCACACUUCCGGAAGCACAGCAUACGGGUUUGGCGUCCGUGUUGAGAACCUUAGAGAAGCCAGGUAUCAAAGAGCUGAUCCAAAUUUUGUGAUGCUGACACCGAACAAAGAGCACCUGGCGGAAGGCAUAGUUUGGAAGAUUGGGCAAAGACCAAUGCUGCAAUCAGACAUAAAUGCCGGAAAUUUCGAUGGCAUUCCGAUGGAACUGAGACCCCUGGAAAGAAUUUUGUAAAUUUUAUUUUAUUUUUUUUAAAAUUGUUUUUAGUACUUGAACAGUUGAACUCUCAAACGGGAUGACCUUUUUCUGGGGUUGUCUAGGACGGUCUAGAACAUGCAUUGGUGAUCUA